ACUCUCUCCACACCCCUACACCUACCUUUCCCGACGUGUACUGUAAUGAUGACAGCCAUCAAUGUUCGAACCAGGGUUGCUGCAAGCCUCAUAAUGCGCCGUGUGUCGCUCCUCCCAAAUGAACCCCAGACAACAUGGCACACCUUCAACCAAAGAACAUCGUGAUAGUUGGUGGCUCACUAGGCGGCCUCUUCCUUGGGGUUGCACUGAAGCAACUCCGCAAGAACCUGAACAUCCGCAUUCUCGAAAAGAACCCGACACAGCUUCUUCAUGACCAGGGCGCUGGCGUCGUCGCCGCCGGCGACGUGCAGGAGUUCUUCCAGAGACACGAUAGAACGCAUACACCCUUAGCGGUCACCAGUCACCAGCGGCUGUACCUCGACAGGAAGGGAAACGUGAUCGAUAGAGAAGAUAAACAGCAGCACAUGACUAGCUGGGAUCUCCUGUACCAUGUCCUGCGCGCGAACUUCGAUACAAUCGACUCGGAAUACGCGAAAGCGCCCGAACCGAUGGACAACGAGGGCACCGCGGUGUACAGACACGGCCACCAGGUCGGCGACGUCGAUGUCGACGCCGGAACUCCCCUCGUCAUCCACACCACGACCGCAGACGGACAAUCCGAAAGCUUCGAAGCAGACCUGCUCAUCGGCGCCGACGGGCCCAGCUCUACAAUCCGCAAGCUGAUCGAUCCCAGCGUGAAGAGAACCUACGCCGGGUACGUCGCGUGGCGGGGCACCGUCCCCGAGACGUCCGUCUCGUCCUCCGCGCGCGAUGUUUUCGUGGAGAAAUUCCCCUUCUUCCACACCUCGGGCUGCCAGAUCCUCGCAUACACAAUCCCGGGCCCCAACGGCACCGUCGAGCCCGGCAAACGCCUGCUGAACUGGGUCUGGUACGUCAACUACGCGGCGGACUCCCCCGAGCACGUCGACCUCAUGACAGACAAAGAAGGCAAGAGACACCACAUCACGCUCCCGCCGGGCGGGAUACGAGAUGGCGUCUGGACGAAGCAGAAGGAGAGAGCGAGGGAGAUACUACCGCCGCAAUUCGCGGAGCUCGUGGAGAAAACCGAGGUCCCGUUUGUGCAGGCUAUCACGGAUGUGAUCAGUCCGCGGGCGGUGCUGGAGAGGGAUGGCAGGGUCGUGCUGAGCGGCGAUGCGUUGGCGGGGUUUAGACCGCAUACCGCGGCGAGCACGAAUCAGGCGGCGCUGGAUGCGAUGUUGCUUGCGGAGGCGGUAGGGAGGAUUGUGGAUGGGGAGGAUAGGGAACAGGUGCUGGGGGAAUGGGAGCGGAGGGUGGUGCAGUAUGCGAGGGAGGGGCAGAGGAGUGGGGUGGAGAUGGGGCAGAGAAGUCAGUUCGGGGAGCAUCCGCUGAGGGGGUAGGGGGCUGUGAUCUGAGAUAGGCUGGUGGGUGGUGUAAGUGGAAGGGACUGGAGGGAAUGUUGGCAUCAGAAGUUGGAAAAGCUGUAGGGACUACAUGAACGAUGAUAUUACCGCUCUGAUAGUGGCGACAAAUUGUUCGACUCAAUGGAUGAUGUGUCCCUGGAUCGCGCAACAGCCAGCCGAUUGUGAUUCGCCUCAG